AUGCUAGAUGGUACCAUUUCCCAGACUGGUCGCAUAUGGCACCAGGUCCAACUUGCGGUUUUGGCCAAUGGCCACCCACAUACCAUCCCUUUCCUUGUCUGCCCCAUUGGAAACACCCCCGCCAUCUUAGGGAUGACUUGGCUCUCAUCUGAAUCCCCCCUCAUCAACUGGCAACAGGGCCUAGUCACAUUCCCGGAGCAAGUACAAAUUGCCUCCAAAGAAGAAGCCGACUCCAACCCCUUGGCAGACCUUCCCCCACAAUAUCAGGAAUUUGCAAAAGUGUUUGGGGAAGAAGAGUUCAAGGUGCUCCCUCCGCAUAGAGAAUACAACAUAGCCAUAGAUCUCCUGCCAGACGCCAAACUCUCCCCUGGUCCCAUAUACGGCAUGACAGAUGCAGAAUCCAAAGCCCUGAAACAACACAUUGAUGAAGAAUUGGCAACGGGCAAGAUUUGCCCCAGCACUUCAUUGGCAGGUGCUCCAGUCAUGUUUGUAAAAAAAGCAGAUAGUUCUCUCAGGCUGGUGGUAGAUUACCAAAAACUCAACAACGUAACCCAUAAAAACGUUUACCCCUUACCACGGCAAGACAAUCUCAUGGCCAAACUAAGGCAUGCAAAGAUGUUCACAAAACUGGACCUCCGUUGGGGCUACAAUAACGUCCGGAUCAAGGAAGGUGACAAAUGGAAAACCGCCUUCCGCACCAAAUAUGGGCUAUUCAAAUACCUAGUCAUGCCCUUUGGCCUCACGAAUGCGCCUGCAGCAUUUCAACACUUUAUGAACAACCUGUUCAGGGACCUGAUCAACGUAACGGUGGUAAUUUAUUUAGACAACAUCCUCAUCUUCUCAGAGAAACUGGAAGAACACCCGUCCCACGUUAGAGAAGUUCUGUCUAGAUUAAUGAAGAACCAGUUGUUCUGCAAGUUGUCAAAAUGUCAUUUCCACGUCACUACGGUAGAUUACUUGGGCAUUGUCAUAUCCCCAGCUGGCUUUUCCAUGGACCAGAAAAAGAUCAAGGCAGUCACGUCAUGGCCACAGCCCAAGACAAUUAAACAAGUCCAGGCCUUCCUAGGGUUUGUCAAUUACCUCCGCCGGUUCAUCCCCAACUUCAGUUUGGUUGCACGUCCUCUGCAUAAUCUCACCAAAAAGGAAACCCCCUGGUCAUGGGGUAACCCAGAAGAAGCGGCGUUCCAGGAAUUGAAGCUUCUUGUCACUGUCAUGCCCUAG